AUGGUGGGCACCCUCGACGCGCCGCCACGCCGCAAGGCGCCGUUUGCGUUUUUCAAGUCUGAGCAGCCCUCGAAGGAUGACAGCUUGGUUAAGGGCGACGGCGGCUGGGGCUCCCAUGGCGGCUCCAACGGCGGUUCAGACGUGGACGGCGAGAUGAUAUGGAACGAGUCCAUCGCCGACGCGCUUGGUUACGGCAAGAAGGGCCGCCCUGGCGCCGCGUUUCAAUGGUGGAUCCUGGUGUUGGCCACCCUCACCUGCAUCGGCAGCUUCAUUGCCUGGGCGGUGCUGGUGGUGCGCGGCAGGAACGCCACCGACACCGCCAUGAAGAUCCUGGGGGUCCACUUCCCUUGGUGGGACGCCAUCAAGGCGCUGCUCGUGGUGACCGCGGUGCUGUACCCCUUUUUCGUCACCCUCGCCGUCCUCGUCAGCGCGUGGCGCGCCUAUCUGGCAAAGACGCUCGACAUCCACCGGCCCAACGCCCACUGGCGCACGUGCUGCCGCCGCUUCCAGGCCCUCAGCGCCGUCGCGCACGCCCUCCUCUGGAUCAUCGUGGUCUUCAUAGUCGUGUCUGUCGCCGGCCACGCGGUCUGGGGCUACAUGGCCCAGAUGCUCGACAUCGUGGGCACGCGCGCCGUCGCGCUCAUCGGGCCCGUCUGGUCGAGCGUCUCGCGCGUGGCCGACUCGUCGCGCGCGCUGUCGGACCGGUUCACCGGCCUGCUCGAGUCGCUGCCCAGCAUCGGCGGCCGCAGGCUGCUGGAGGAGGCUGACGCCGCCGGCGCCGGCCAGACCGUCGGGGCGCUGCUCGCUGUCGGGGGCGCGGGCGCGGCCGGCCGGGGGCUGCAGCAGUCUGUGCCCCUGCUGAGCGGCCUCGGGCAGCUGGCGCAGGGCAUCGCGCAGGGCAUCAACGCGGCCGCGUCGGCGAUCCCGUCGGCGAUCCCCGGCCUGCCGGCCAACAUCACGAUCCCAGGGCUGCCGCAGCUGCUGCCAAACGGCAGCUCGAACCCACUGGUCGGCGCAAUCACGGACGUCACCAACGCGAUUGAGGGGCAGAUCUUGAACCCCAACGGGUGCCCAAUCUACUGCAUUGACCUUCGGUCAGAGAAGUGGUGGGUGGACCCCAGCGCAGGCUGCGUAUGCAACAUGGACCGCGUGCAGGCGGCUUUGCCCUUCCUGAACCGCGCCUGGAAGGCCAUCAUCCCCUCUGUCAUCGCGCUGAUCUUCAUGUACAUUGGCGCCUCGUGGCUGCUCAUGCACGGCGCUGCGCAGUGGGCGCGCACCCGCAGCGAGGCCAAGCUGAUGGCGCGCAUCCCGGGGGCCGCCGCGGCGCAUGCGGCGGCAAAGGAUGCCGCGGCAAAGGCAACUGCGCAGGCGGCGGAGGGGGAGCGCGCCUCGGCGCCGCUCGCCACUGUGUGA